AUGGCCGACAUGUUACCGCUUGCUACCUACACUUUGAAUGUAGAACCAUACGAGCCCACUCCAGCUGUCAGCUUUGACAAGCCUGUCACUAUCAGGAUCACCAUGGCUGCGAUCGACCCAGAGGCCUUCGAUGACGAGAAGAAGCCAUCGACGCUGAGGAUGAUUAAGAGAAACCCGGAUUUCGAAGAGGAUGACGAUGACGAGCAGGCAGACAGUGAAGAGGAGGAGGAAGAAGAAGAGGAGGAGGAGGAGGAGAAAGACCAGAGCAAGAGUGCUGGGAAGAAGGGUAAGAAGCAGUCGAGUCAGAAGAAACAGGAAGAGGAAGAAGAAGAGCAAGAGGAGGACGAAGAGGACAGCGACGAUGAAUUGUUGGAGGACAACGAGUUCGAAGAGUGUGUUCUCUUGACUUUGUCUCCAGAGACCUCGUUCCAGCAGGCUAUCGACAUCACAAUUGCCCCAGAGGAGGAUAUCCAGUUUGUUGUCACCGGUUCUUACACCGUUUCGCUGACCGGGAACUACGUCAAGCACCCAUUCGACACUAUAAUGGACUCUGAGGACGACGAGUGUGAUGACGAAGACUAUGACAGUGAGGAGUACGACGACCAACUGAUCCAGGACGAGUACCAAGACGACGACGACGAAGAAGAAGAAGAACUGAGCGACGAAUUGGACGACUUGGAGGACGCCAGCGACGUCGAGGGCCGCAUUGAGGAGCUGGUCGCGAAGGACGAGCACAAGAGCAACAAGAGGAAGCAACAAGACGAGGAGGAGGUCCCAGCUAAGAAGUCCAAGAAGGAGGCCAAAGAGGAAAAGAAGGUCAAAGAGGAAAAGAAGGCCAAAGAGGAAAAGAAGGCCAAAGAGGAAAAGAAGGCCAAGAAGGUCGAGUUCAAGAAAAACCUAGAGGAGGGCCCAACGAAGAAGAAGGAGGAGGCGAAGCCAAAGGCCAAAGUUCUACAGGGCGGCAUCGUCAUCGAAGACCGCGUCACCGGUAAGGGCAGCCAGGCAAAGAAGGGAACUAGAGUCGGUAUGAGAUACAUCGGGAAAUUGAAGAACGGUAAAGUCUUCGACAAGAACACCAACGGGAAGCCAUUCGUCUUCAAAUUGGGCCACGGUGAAGUCAUCAAGGGAUGGGAUAUCGGUGUUGCCGGUAUGGCCGUCGGCGGCGAGCGCAGAAUCAUCAUUCCAUCUGCCUACGCUUACGGGAAGUCCGCUCUGCCAGGGAUCCCAGCCAACUCCGAAUUGACAUUCGACGUCAAACUGGUCUCCAUGAAAUAA